GAGGUGUGGUUUAGUGUUAGUCAGCAGUGCGCAUCAGGUAUGCACGCCUCACUAUAAAAGCCAUGAAACUGAGAGGAGAGGAGUAAGUCAGGGAACGAGCAUCACCACCAGCAUCAUCAACAACCUUCCAGUGUGCUCCAGAAGACUUAAAAAGGUCCGUCCACUAUGCUGAGACAGUGCAUGAUGCUCGCCGCGCUCCUCUUUUGCUUGUUGGUGUUUUGGGGCAGCUUCGCCGAUGCUUACCCACCCAAACCCGAGAGUCCUGGCAGCAACGCUUCCCCGGAGGAUUGGGCCAAGUACCACGCUGCUGUCAGACAUUAUGUCAACCUCAUCACCAGACAGAGAUAUGGGAAGAGGUCAUCUCCUGAGCAGGCAAUGGAAUGGCUGCUCUAUGGUGCAGAUCCAAACCAAGACCCUGAACCACGUCUGGACUAUAACAGCGGGUGGUAAUUGACUUGAAGGAUGGCUCUUCCUCCUUAAAAAACAACAACACAACAACAAUCAAAAAUGCUGUGAUUUCCUGGAGGGACAAUUUGCAUCUAAUUUAUCUAUUUCAAGUUCUCAAAAUGCAUGUGUUUUUCCUGCUGUUUGUCUGAAAUGCUUCUCUUUGUAUGCCUCUUUGUGCCCAACUAUGUAAAUACUUUGUAUGAGGAAAACAACUUUACAAUAAAGGAUAUAAUGGCAUAAAA